CAUUGAAAAUAAAAGGCAUGGAUCUAAAGCUCAUGUAUUUAUAAGAUACAAUGAAGUGAGACUUGCCCGUUUCUUAAAAGAAUUUUUUAUUAUUAUUUUCUUGUUUUUAGAUGCAAUGUACUCUUAUUUUGUGUAGUAAUUGUGUCAUUUUUAUUACUAUAGAAAAUCAAGUGUGACGGAAUAUGAAUAUUUAAUAUUUUUUUUAGAAAAUUAAAUUAAAUUACCAAAAUAAAAAACAUGCACCCAAUGAUGGAGGUGGCGAGUAGGAAUGGAAAUUUGUACACGAGUGAGUGAGUGUGUGUUGGUGCGGGAAAAGAACAUUCCAGACGACGCUUGUUGUUGAAUUGCUGCUUUUCUUGGGGGAGAACGGAAACUGCAACAAGUUAGCAGUCGGCAUUCCAAUACAGGCAGGUUCGUUGUGAUUUAUAAUGAACCUUCAGUCCAUUGUUGAUCUCGGCCGUUGAUUUACUACGGGCAAAUACUUUUAAGAAUAGUGUUGAAAUGCAGAAUUAAAGUAGGUGGGACCAUCAGCCUUUUGGACAAUUGCAAUUUUUGUUCCAAUACGAUUCGUUAGGCAACAGAAAUACAUUUGAUAAUUUAAAUUUAUUAAUUGCACAACAUUUAAGUGUGGUGGAGAAGGUGAAGUUUGAUAGAGUUAGUCAUAUAAUUCUUCUCAAUAGGUGUCGCCUUUUGAACACGUUACCUUUCUCGCUCUUCCCACGCAUUCUUACUCAAAUUCUCAAUGCUUAUGACUUAAUUUUACCGCUCUCACGUUCUCGAAUUCGAUCCCGCUCCCGCUUUAUGUGACUUAGGGAUUUAUAGUUUUGAGUACUGAAUCUAAAAUUGAAAGGAGAUUCCAAUUUGUUGAACAAUUUACAUAAAUAGCUGACGAAUUUCAAGCUCAAAGACCGCUUCCUGUUGAUCGGAUUGACGAGGAGGAAAGUGUGGGAGAGACAUCGGACGUUUUGGCGGGAUGGAUUUGAAUUUGAAGGAGCUAAGGAAGCAAGUGAAUUGACGGGUUUGGAGUGAGAAGCUGAACAAUUUGAUUGUGGUGUGGAAGAAGUAAAUAUAGAAACUACUGGUUUAGAUUGUUGAGAAUGAUAAGGGUGAUGAUGAGAUUGAGGGGGGAAUCGGGGAAUAGUGAUGUUGGUGAUGAUAAAAGUGAGUGUGGAGAGAAUCAGGGGAGUAGAACUGAAGGGAAAUUGAGUGGAAGUGAUGAGGAGGAGGAGGGGUUGAGUUUGAGGAGCGAGUUGGAGAAGGUUUUCGCCAUGGCGGUCAGCCUUCUUGUCAUGAAUCUCAACCAAUGCUUCUGAAGGUGGAUGCGGUCCCAAAUGACGAAAAGAACAUGGCUGAAGUUUUGGUGGGUGGAGCAUUUCUCUCUGCUUCCCUCCAAGUGCUGUUUGAUCGGUUGGCUUCUCGCGAGCUCAUAGACUUCUUUACGAAGCAAAAAUUUGAUGAUGGACUCAUAAACAAGCUGAAGGUAACCUUGAUGGCCCUUCAAGCAGUGCUGGAUGAUGCAGAGGACAAGCAGAUUACCAACAAAAAUGUGAAAGAUUGGCUUGACGAGCUCCAACAUUUUGUCUACCAUGCUGAGGACUUGCUGGACGAGAUUGCUACCAAGGCCUUGAAGAACAAGUUGGCAGCUGAUGAUCAGUCCCAAACCCAAAGAAGCAGAAGUAAGGUUGGUUUCAGUCGAGUUUUCCAUUUAAUGAAGCAAUUUCUGGUACCAAUUAAUUGUUUUGUCUGGGCUCCUGCUUAUCUGUCUGAUGAAGCGAUAGAGUCCCGGAUGAAAGAGGUCAUGAGUGAGUUGGAGGGGUUUGUCAAGCAAAAAAAUUAUCUUAAUUUGGUAGAGAAUGUUGGAAGGAAACAGUGGCGCAGGCUGCAAACCACAUCUUUGGUAGAUGAAUCUGAGGUCUAUGGUAGAGAGAAUGACAAAGAGGAGAUAAUUGAAUUAUUAUUGUCUGGCAAUGCAACUAAGAAUGAGAUCCCUGUGAUCCCCAUUGUAGGCAUGGGUGGGGUGGGUAAGACAAUCCUUACUCAACUUGUUUACAAUGACGCUAGAGUGGGUCAAAAUUUUGAUAUGAAAGCAUGGGUUUGUGUUUCCGAUGAAUUUGAUGUUUCUGUGAUAACAAAAAAAAUUCUUGAGGCUGUUACCCCAUCAACAAACGUCAAGAAUGACCUUGAUCAACUUCAAAUCAAGUUGAAAGAAAGCCUAGCAGGGAAGAAAUUUCUGAUUGUCUUAGACGAUGUUUGGAAUGACGAUUACAAUGCUUGGCACCUCUUAAAAAAACCCUUCAUGGCUGGAGCACAGGAAAGUAGGAUUAUUAUAACGACACGUAUGGAUAAAGUUGCAUCAGCCAUGAGCACAGUUCCUGGUUAUUGUCACUUGAAGGAACUAUCGUCGGAAGACUGUUGGUCAUUAUUUGCAAAGCACGCAUUUGUGAAUGGAGAUUACAUGUCUCAUCCAAAGCUAGAGAUGAUUGGUAGAGAAAUUGUGAGGAAGUGUAAAGGCCUGCCUCUAGCGGUAAAAUCACUUGGAGGAAUCUUGCGAUCUAAACUGGAUAUUGAUGAAUGGAAGUAUAUACUAAACAGUGAGUUGUGGGGUUUGAAGGAAAGCAACAUUCUUCCAGCACUAAGAUUGAGCUAUCAUUAUCUUCCUUCACAUUUAAAGAGAUGCUUUGCAUAUUGUGCAAUUUUUCUUAAAAAUUACAGAUUUGAGAAGGAAAAGUUGGUCCAGUUAUGGAUAGCCGAAAAUCUUGUGCAGCAUGAAAAUAAUAUGCUUUUGGAAGAUGCAGGUAAUCAUUAUUUUCAUGAGCUACUGUCAAGGUCUUUCUUUCAAAGAUUAAGUGAUAACAGUUCCUAUUUUGUAAUGCAUGAUCUCAUACAUGAUUUAGCUCGACAUGUAUCUGGAGAAUUUUGUUUUAUGUUAGAUGAUGACAAGGCACACAAUAUCUCUAAAAAAGUUCGCCAUUUGUCAUAUGUAAGAGACUACUUUGAUGCAUUUGAAAAAUUCAAGGUUGUUAAAGAGAUUAAGUAUUUACGGUCGUUCAUAGGAUUUUCAAGAGGUGAAUGGCAUUCUUUCUUAAGCAAUAAGGUACUAAAUGAUAUGUUGCCAAACCUGAGAUGCUUAAGGGUGCUAUCUUUGUCUCAAUAUCAAAUUUCUGAAUUGCCUCAAUCGAUUGAAAGUUUGGUAUGUUUACGCUAUUUGGAUCUCUCUCGGACAAAAAUCAAACAGUUACCAGACUCAAUAACAACCAUGUGCAAUUUACAAACAUUAGAUUUGUCAUAUUGUGUGGAUCUCACCAGGUUGCCUAUGAAUAUGGGAAAACUAAUAAACUUGCGCCAUCUUGAUAUCAGAGAAACUAGAUUGAUAGAAAUGCCGAUGCAAAUGAGCAAACUAAAAGAUCUCCAACAUUUAACAUAUUUUUUAGUUGGCAAGGAUGGUGGAUCAAAGAUUAGUGGAUUGAAGGAACUCUGUCAACUUCGUGGGCAACUCCGCAUUUUAGGGUUGGAAAAUGUAACUAGUGGUCCAAAUGCAUCAGAGGCCAAUCUGAAGGGAAAGGAGCACCUUGAAGUGUUAGAGCUUGAAUGGGGUGGUAAUACUAAUGAUUCAGAAAAGGAAAAAGAAGUACUUGACCAGCUACAGCCUCAUGCUGGGGUGAAGGAUCUCAGCAUCAUUAACUAUGGGUGCACAAGCUUUCCAGAUUGGUUAAAGAGAACUCAUUCGUUUCAUAACAUGGUGUCCUUAAAACUUGUAAGGUGUGCAAAUUGCUAUUUAUUGCCAUCAAUUGGGCAGCUGCCCUCUCUAAAACAUCUAAGAAUUGAAGGGAUGAAAAAAAUAACGAAGGUGGGUGGAGAGUUCUAUGGGGAUGCUUCUUCCUCUUCCUCUUCUUCUUCUUCUUCUUGUUCGAAGAAACCAUUUCAAUCUCUGGAGACACUAAGCUUUGAUGGAAUGCCAGAGUGGGAGGAAUGGCAUAUAUUAGGGGCGGGAGAGUUCUCUCAGCUUUUAGAGCUUUCUUUGUUGAAUUGUCCCAAGCUAAUUGGUGAAUUACCCAACCACCUCCCUUGUUUAAGGAAACUUACAAUUUCUGGAUGCCAACAACUGUUGUCUAUUCAAGUUGCAAUGCUAUUGCAAGGCCUGUCUUCUCUUCAGAAAUUGGAGAUUUCAGGGAUGCCAAACUUGAAGGAAUUGCCUCCAGAAUUGUGCAGAUUAUUAAAUCUUGAAAGCUUGGAGAUAAAGGAUUGUCGGUGCCUUCAGUCAGCUCUAGAGAUGAAGUUGCCGCCGACGCUUAAGACCCUGAAGAUCGAAAGAUGUGAAGCUCUACAGUCCUUAGCAGCAGUACCAUCAAAGGGAAUGGACAUUUGCCUUGAGGAGUUGUGCAUCUUUGAUUGUUCAUCUCUUUUUCAGUUGUCUUUGCCCAGUGGUGGUCUACCUGCUACACUGAAAACACUUGACAUAUACAACUGCAGCAGUUUAGAGUUUCCCCUUCUGUUGGAGGAGCAUAAUUGGCACACAUGUUCCAUUGAAGCUUUGCGCUUCAGAGGCUGUGAUCUUCUCAGAUUGCUGUCAUUAAGGUUCUUCCCAAAGCUUCGUUCUCUAGAUAUCUCAAGGUGUAUAAAUUUUGAAACACUAUCAAUUCCAGACGAGAAGCUUCAUAAUCUGAUGGAGCUUAGAAUGGAGAAUUGCCCAAAAAUUACAUCCUUUUGGGUCUAUGACUGCAAGAAUCUAGUGUCAGUGCCGCAACAAAUGCACACCCUCCUCCCAUCUCUUCAAAAAUUGUGGAUCCAUAGUUGUCCAGAAGUUGAAUCAUUUCCAGAUGGAGGUUUGCCAUCCAACCUACGUGCACUUUGGAUCUCUAAUUGCGAGAAACUGAUGAAGGGCCGGAUGGGGUGGGGUUUACAAACACUCCCAUCUCUUGGAUUUUUCAUCAUUGAUGGUGCAUAUGAAGAAGAAGUGUUGGAGUCAUUUCCGGAGGAGUGGUUAUUACCUACCACUCUUACCGAACUUUGUAUUGGUUUUCUUCCAAAUCUGAAAUCACUGAACUACAAGGGCCUUCAACACCUCACCUCUCUUCGAGGUCUAUUCAUCCAGAACUGCCCCAAGCUCCAGUCCUUGCCAGAAGAGGGGCUACCAAAUUCCCUCUCUUAUCUGGAAAUAAUCAAUUGUCCAUUGCUGAAAUCACGUUGCCAAAGAGAGAAAGGGGAAGAUUGGCCCAACAUUUCACGAAUCCCCUGGAAAAGGCUCAAUGGUGAAGAAAUCAUAAACAUAGAGUGACCAUCAUUCGUGCUCACAUUGGAUUCCUCUGGUUUCUAAAUUUCCUUCCCCUCGGAUUUUCAAUCGAUUCCCCAAAGAACUGCUAAACCUCCAAUUUUCUUGAAACUUGGACUGUUACCAGAAGGAUAUAUUGAAAUUUGGGUUUGGCGGAGAUGCUAUUUCUAAUAUGGUUCAGUGGAUAUAUAACCAUGAAUGCAUGAAAACAACAGUAGUGACAGACACUCAUUGGAGGUUUAAUAUUCAUUAUGUAAAUACUGGACCAGAGAUUUAAUUGGUAGGGGCUCUUAAGAGAAAUUCCAUGUCCCAUGUUGCAAGGAUAGGGAUAGUGACUGGUCCAACGAAUUAAGUUCCUCAAGAAGGAAAAAAAACCUCAAUGAUAAAGGUGUAUUCUAUGGAACCAGCUGAAAGUGCCAUUCUAAGGAAAGCCUGGAAAUUCAUUCGCUUUUUGCCACUUCCUAUUUGCUGUGUUGAUACUUCCUUUUCCUUAUGGUAAGAGAGAGACCCACAUUCCAAUUGGGACUUCAACCCUGCACCUCUCCAUUUGGCAGUGGCAGUGGCAAGACAUACCAAUCAAACUAACCGGUGGAGAGUUUCUUUGUACAUGUCCAAGUUAUUUGACAAACCAGGACAUUUUUAAUAUUCUACUUGUGGAUAUGUUUCCCUGGAUUGGUUACCAGUAUGUUGAACUUUUGAAGGGUUGAAUGAUUAUAUUGUGGUUCCCAUCUUCGAGCUUGAAAAUUUUCGGAAGUACAAUCAUCCAUUGUUGUGCAGCAAUAAAAUUCUGAGGGCAGAAAGCAGUAAAUUUAGUGAAAGAUAAUCCAGUGAAGAAGCUUUGGAAACUGCUAAGCUUCUUACUUUCGAAGAAGGUUCUAUGGUAAGGAUUUUCUGGGGCUGCAGCUCUCGUUACUAUUGCAGGCAAGGAGGUUUUAUCAAGUGUAUCCUCAAGUUUGCACAUGGUAUAGUGUUUUAGUUUGGUGUUCUUUUGCUAGGGAGGUAUGGGACUGGUUUGAUUCUUUUUUCAAGUGGGACUUACCAUGCAAUUCUUUUUGAGAAUCUUUAUGGUGUUUUCUUCUACUGUGUGGGCCAUUUGGAAUGGAAGGAACUCUGCAUAAUGACUACAAGAGAAGAGAGAUGCUGUGGAGAUUGCUAGAGCUGUUAUUUUUGAGGUGUUGGAUGUUACUGCUAUUCCUUAUCUUGAUGAUCUCUUUUGUUAAUCUUCUCACAUUUCUUAUUGCCAGGGUUGCAUCCUCAUUGGAAGUGGUGCUACUCAAUUGUGUAUUGUUCUUUCCUUUUUUGAGGGUAUGCCCUCACUUUUCCUUUGUUCUGAAUGCUUAUUUUAUGAAUGACACCACCUCAUUUAUGCAACAAAGAAUUCAUAAUUAGGUUGGAUGGGAGCAAUUGUGUUCCGGCGAGGCAGCUGGGAUUUAGAAGUUUUGAGGAGUACAGUGAUGCGUUACUGGCCAAGCAUGGCUGGAACUUAUUGAGUUAAAAUGCGUUUAUAUAUAAUUUUAUUAUAUAAAUAAUUGUAUUCUAUAGUUAGUUAAUUUAAAUGGGUAACCAAAAGAUAGUAUGUAUAUAU